UUUAGUUUUGUCAGCGGCCAGCCAUCACACAGCCGUCCUCGGAACAUCCAGCAGCUCUGGGGCCCUUAUUCACCUUUCUUCUCAGAGCCAGAACCAUCUGAAAUCAGCGCUGCAAUACCUCCCGGUUGCGAAAUUACUUUUGCCCAGGUCCUGUCGCGGCACGGCGCUCGGGAUCCUAUUAGAGUCAUGGCGGAGAAAUUUGCGGAACUCGUUCACCGCAUACACACAAGCGUCACUAGAUACGGCAGAGGCUACGAGUUUAUCAAGACCUAUAAGUACACCUUAGGCACUGAACAACUCACACCUCUUGGUGAGAGGGAGCUUAUCGAAUCGGGUAAAGCGUUCCAUAAACGCUACCAAGCGCUUGCUGCUAUGAACAAACCCUUCAUUCGAGCUGCUGGCCAGGAGCGUGUAAUUGAGUCUGGCCAUAAUUGGAUACAAGGUUUCUAUGGCUCUAUUACCGACGGCCAUAAGAGGGACAUGCUUAUUAUCCCUGAAGCCCACGGUGUUAAUAACACGCUAAAGCACGGCCUCUGCACUGCCUUUGAGCAUGACAUACACUCUAACUUAGGCAAAGCGGCGCGGGUUAAAUGGCGUAAUAUCUUUACACGUCCAAUUAUAGACCGCCUAAACCAUAACCUACCUGGCGCACGUCUAACAGCUGCAGACGUCCUUACCUUUAUGGAGCUAUGCCCCUUUAAUACAGUUGUGAACGGAAAAAUGUCACAGUUCUGUAACCUCUUUACGCUAGAGGAGUUUCUGGACUUUGAAUACUACCAGACACUGGAUAAAUAUUACCGCUUUCACGAAGGGAACCCGCUUGGGCCGACGCAGGGUGUAGGUUUCACUAAUGAGCUUAUUGCGCGUCUAACGCAGAAGCCUGUGGUGGACCACACAUCAACCAACUCAACGCUUACCUCAAACCCAGCGACAUUUCCACUUAAUAGGAAGCUAUACGCUGACUUUACCCACGAUAAUGAUAUGUACAGUAUCUAUGGCGCACUAGGCCUAUACAGCAAGACACCAAAGCUAUCUACAACACAGCGGAUGUCUGUGUCAGAGACCAGGGGGUUUUCGAGCAGACUGGUGCCUUUCGCGGCGCGCAUGUACGUAGAGAAGAUGAGGUGUAACUCUCUGGAGGAGGAAAUGGUACGUGUGCUUGUUAACGACCGGGUGGUACCGCUGCUUGGGUGCCACGCCGACAAUCUUGGACGGUGCCGGCUGAGUCCGUUUGUGGAGAGCUUGGGGUUCGCGAGGCGCGGAGGGCUUUGGGACAGGUGUUUCUAG